UGGACACUGAACGCAUGUUGCGCUUUCUUUGUCGACGAGCUGUUCACCGUGUUUAGACACGCGCUGUCACAUUUUGGUCAACCGAUCAGCCAAGUCCGGGUUCAGUCGACACGUCCAUCAGACGGGCUCGAGACAGGCUACGAGUCUCUAGCCCCGAGAGACCACGUAACGGGUCCAAAGAGCCUCGGCACAAACAUCGCCGAGCAGAAUAUGACACAGGUUUUAUUCCAGCUGCAGACACGACAACACGGCACAUUACCAGAGUUUGUAAAAAUGUCAAACAGCUGACGACGUGUGACGGAGAAAAGGAAAGUUGACUAAUGACGUUAUCGCUGCUAACCUAGCUAAAGCUAUCAAGUUGUCGUUUCCACAGUUUAGCACAAACGCUUGUUGUCUGUUGUCGACAAUAGACGUUAGCAAGCUAAUGCUACGCAAAUUAACGCUGAAUUGUCAAUAUCAGACGUUAGCUAUGCGACGUUAGUCACUAAGCUGCUUAGCACGAGUAACGUUAACAGUCAGUGCCCACGUUAUUGAUGGCGGUCGCUUUAUUGUGACCGGCUUUCAUAGCUAACGUCAACUAUAACGUCAUAUCUUACCAUCCACCAUAGCCACGUUACUGUAGUAACAGCGAGCCUGUCCACCACAUAUCACUCCGCUUUAGACUUUAGAGUUGUACAUGUAGUUCCAUUGUAACCACGAAUGACAACAUUGGUGGCAUGCACUAGCUUUAGUGGGGUAGUGCACUGCUAUGCUCACUUCACUUUUUCCUUGAAGCCUUUAACUUGCGCACUCAUCUGAGGUUUAAUAGGUUUCAGUUUCUCACACUCUGGCCACUAAAUGCCAGCUAGCUUGUACAUUCACUCAUUCAGUAGAGAUGUCAUUACUGCUGACCGCAUUUGUCUUGUAAUUGUGCCAGUUUAACAUUGUUGUGUGAAGGUGCGUCUCCUUGCAUUUAACAGCAAAUGCGUUUCCACAUGUUUUGUAUGGUCUUGGCUCCUUUUGUUUAUGGCAGAAUAAGGGGAACUUAGCGUGGACCUUUGAGACGGAGAAGAGUUACUAUUACUUUGCUCGAGUUCUUGUCGGUUUUAUGAGGUAUGGACCUUGUCCUUCUCAAGUGGUGACACAUCUUGACAAACCAGCUCUGAAAGAAGCCCUGUGACCUAGUCCCCCCCCCGCAUCAGUAUACAUAAUAUUUGGGUUUUGGUUUAUGUGAGGACACCCCUCACUAUGUUUCAGCCCUGUCUAAAGUUGUCGGUCGGUACUGUUGAGCUGAUAGCUAGGGCCUAGUAAUGUGCUCUAUUUUCCCUAAAGUGUGUUAUAGUCGUACUAUGUGUAUUUAGGCCGGUGGUGCUGAGCUGCCAUCAACAACCUACAUUUGUUAUACCUGCAGGAAGGAGCAAAUGUUGAAAUGAAGCGCCUGUUUUCAUGAUUCACUAAAAACCUACUUGGAGAGAAACAUCAAAGAGGAAGGGGACCACGGCUCUUUUAGACAACGAGAAGAACUUGAAAGACCAUUUCUUGGAAUGCUUUCACAGCUCCCACCAGUGAGGUCUCCUCUUCCUCUGGCUCAUCUACCUGCCUGAACUCAACGUGCCCCCCCUCCCUCCCCUCCCCUCACCGCCCCCCCACCCGCUCCGGGACCAAGACCCGGGGCCUAAAGUCAACCAGACUCCCUCCCGGUUUCUUCUUCUUCUUCUCCCUCCCGAAUCUCCACACUGCGCGAUGGCAGGGCGAGGCGGACCGGCGCGCACCAACGGCACCGCGGCGAGCAACAAGAUCUGCCAGUUCAAGCUGGUGCUGCUGGGGGAGUCGGCAGUGGGGAAGUCCAGCUUGGUGCUGCGCUUCGUCAAGGGCCAGUUCCACGAGUACCAGGAGAGCACCAUUGGAGCUGCCUUCCUCACCCAGACGGUAUGUUUGGACGAUACAACGGUGAAGUUUGAGAUCUGGGACACUGCGGGACAGGAGCGGUAUCACAGCCUGGCUCCCAUGUACUACAGGGGAGCCCAGGCCGCCAUCGUGGUCUACGACAUCACCAACACAGAUACAUUCACACGUGCAAAGAACUGGGUGAAGGAGCUCCAGCGGCAAGCCAGCCCAAAUAUUGUUAUUGCCCUGGCAGGAAACAAAGCAGACCUGGCCAACAAGAGAGCCAUAGACUUCCAGGAAGCGCAGGGAUAUGCAGAUGACAACAGCUUGCUCUUCAUGGAAACUUCAGCCAAGACUGCGAUGAAUGUCAACGAGAUCUUUAUGGCCAUAGCCAAGAAGCUCCCUAAGAACGAGCCUCAGGGUGGACCGGGCGCCGGCGGACGAACCCGAGGCGGCGUGGACCUGCAGGAGGCCGCACCGCAGGGCAGGAGCGGCCAUUGCUGCGGGGGCGGGAACUAACGAGUCAGCUGAUCCGAACAAUCCUCAGCCUCGAUCAACCAGACCAGAUAUUCGCCAGCUGUCAAACAAUGUCCCAUCGGUCCAACCGAUCCAUGGUCGGACCAACCACCCUACGAGCAACGCGCCACCAAUUAACUGUUCGGCAAACGAGUCCACUGGCCAGUGAACUGCCAGGUGAACCGACCCACCGGCUUAUUUACACAAUCCUAUUCGAACCCCAGGACCAAUCCAGGACCUCGCUACUGAUGAUGGACACUUGACGUCACCUUAGGAGGGAGAAAAAAACGUCCCAUUCAUGGAUGAAGGAAAAAAACAACAUCCGUCAUUACCAAUGGCUCUUUAAACGGCCUUCUUGCUCAUCGAUUUUUUUUUUUCUGUAUUUGUGUAGAGGGAAAAAAAUGAAAGCAACAGGAAUUGCUAUAAACGGGCUGAUUGGCCCCGCCCCCUCUCUUCUGUCCCCUGCUUUCUCAUGCACCGUAAACGUAUGAAGUAUUUCCAUCAUGGUCGUGUGACACUGUUUAAAGCUCCAGCUGCACGCAGCAGUAGACGGAGAGGGAAGGUUCGUCACAGGAGAACGGGAACAGACAGAUGUUUCCUUCUUGGUAGAGUGAAUUAUUACAUCGUUAUUGUUAUCACUAUUAUUAUUAUUACUACUUCUCUUGACGCAGGCUGUUCAACAUGAUUUUAAAGCCUUUAAGGUUCUGCAAUCGCCCGUCUAUGUUAUCAAACCAUACACAGUAAAUAGUACUUUAAUAACAUCGUCACUCAUAAGUAAUUUUAGCAUUAAUGUAAUGUUUUUGAAUCAUUGUACAAUGACAAGAUGCAUAACACAAGUUUUUCUUGACCAAAAUCCCAGCUGUGUGUUGACAAACGUUGCUGUAUUUGUAUCAGCCUUUUCAAGUUUAUAAUCAAUCAGUAGUUACUGUCAAACAUUAUCUUCCCGAUCUCUACAUGAUGUUUUGUCAACCUUAAGUAUUUUGUGAUGGAUUGGUUGUUUUUUUUCUCUCUUAAUUUCUUUUCUUUCUGAAGAUCUAUGGUAUUAAAUGCACUGGUUGUGUCUCAUCUGUGUGAAUCGAGA